AUGGAGGAGUUCCCGUCCCCCCUGGAGUCCGCCAAGUUCAUAGCUGGCAACAGCAAAGAUGUCUCUGUGGACGAGGAGGGGGCGCGGCGGGUGGCGGAGAGUUUGUUUGACAAAGCCUCGGCGGCGGAGUUCGGGCUGGCGGGGUGGAAGAGCCUCCACGAGCUGAACCGGGCCGCCAGCCAGGAGGCGGUGGACUGGGUGUUCCUGGUGGACACCCUCAACUUCUCCUUCUGGUCCGAGCAGGAGGAGCAGAAGUACCUGGUGAAGUACAAGGGUAAAACGUACAGCGGCUACUGGUCCCUCUGCGCCGCCGUCAACAGGGCCCUUGACGACGGAAUACCUAUUACCAGUGCAUCAUAUUUUGCCACCAUGACGCUUGACCAAGUUAGGCAUGUAUUUCGCUCUGACACAGAAGUGCCCAUACCUUUGAUUGAAGAAAGACAUCAGGUGCUGAAUGAAAGCGGAACAGUUCUGUUAGAGAAGUUUGGAGGCUCUUUCCUCACCUGUGUUAAAAUGAGUGAGAAAAGUGCUCAGAAACUACUACGUCUAAUACUGCAAAAUUUUCCUUCUUACAGAGAUGAAGCUGUAUUUGAGAAAAAAAAGGUCUCUUUCUACAAACGGGCACAAAUACUUGUGGCUGAUACAUGGAGUGUGUUAGAAGGCAAAGGAGAUGGCUCUUUUGAUGACAUUUCUAGUCUGACUAUAUUUGCCGACUACAGAAUUCCUCAAGUUCUUGUUCACUUAAAAGCAAUGAAGUAUUCUGAAGAACUAAUGAAGAAACUACGUGAAGGAACAAUUUUCCAAUCUGGAGAUAAAGAGGAGGUGGAGAUCCGUGGCUGUUCUAUUUGGUGUUGUGCAUUGAUUUGUAAGCACCUGCUGGAGCUCUACGAGAAGAAGGGUCAGGACAUGCGUGAGAAGAUCAAUGCGGUUUUACUUGAUUAUCAUCUUUGGGACUACGCCAGAGAUCAUAGGGAAGAGAUGAAAGAUAUUCCGUUUCACCGAGUGCGGUGCAUUUAUUACUAAGUCCAGACUGACAGCUGUUGUAUUGAUGCAUUAUCUUUUGAAUUGCAGUUACUCUUUUCAUACGGUGGUUUGUCGUAUACUAAUUUGGAACUGGCUAAAUCAAGUGCUCAUUUUCUGAUGAUGUAUUAACAACUUGCUUUUUUCCCCUCUGAAUCUUUCACUUGCUGCGACUGGAGUUAAUAGUGUAAACUUUGCUGGACAAUCCGUGUUAAUACAGGGUUUAUUACUCCUG